AUGCCGGCCAAGCAGGCUGCCGUGCCGGAGACGCUGCUCAAGAAGCGGCAGAGGGACGAGCAGUGGGCUGCGAAGCGCGCGGCUGCUGCCCAGGCGAAGAAGAAGGACGCCGCUGCCAAGCAGCAGGAGGCCCUCAAGCGCGCGGAGCAGUAUGUCAAGGAGUACCGGCAGCAGGAGGCCGACCUCGUCCGCAUGAAGCGGGAGGCCAAGAAGAAGAACGGGUUCUACACGGAGGCUGAGCCCCGGCUCGCCUUUGUCGUGCGCAUCCGAGGCAUCAACGCCAUGCACCCCAAGACGAAGAAGAUCCUGCAGCUGCUGCGGCUGCGCCAGAUCAACAACGGCGUGUUCCUGAAGAUCAACAAGGCCACGCUGAACAUGCUCCGGCGCGUGGAGCCGUACGUCGCGUGGGGGUACCCCAACCUGAAGACGGUCAAGGAGCUCAUCUACAAGCGCGGGUUCGGCAAGGUCAACGGCCAGCGGACCGCGCUCACCGACAACGCCAUCAUCGAGCAGGCCCUCGGGAAGCACAACAUCAUCUGCGUGGAGGACCUGGUGCACGAGAUCGUGACGGUGGGCCCUGCGUUCAAGGAGGCGAACAACUUCCUGUGGCCCUUCCAGCUGUCGUGCCCGCUCGGGGGGUUCACCAAGAAGCGCACCCACUACGUCGAGGGCGGCGAGGCCGGGAACCGCGAGGAGAUGAUCAACCGCCUCGUGCGCGCGAUGAACUGA